GAUUUCAUUAUAAAUGUGAUUUCGGAUUCAAUGAAAUUCAGUUUAUUGUUCGAUUGUUGAAUUGUUAUUUUGCUCAUCUUUACUCUCUUUUGUGUUAACCCAAAAUGGCCCCCCUAAUCGGUUAUUGGAAUGUUCGAGGUAAUCUUGAGUCAAUUAUACUGACUUUGAAACAAGCUAAAGUAUCGUUUAAAGUUCGUCGCUACAAACUCGGUGAUGCUCCUGACUUUGACAAAUCAGAUUGGCUCAAUGAGAAGUACAAAUUAGGCCUUGAUUACCCUAAUGUGCCAUAUUACAUCGACGGAGACAUCAAGAUUACUCAGACUUUGGCUAUUCUCCGUUAUCUGGCUCGUAAACAUGAUUUAGGACCGAGAAAUGACGCGGAAGCAAUCCGAUCUGAUAUCGUUGAGCAAGGUAUCUUCGAAAUGAUGAAUUCGUUAUGGACAGCUACACAUGUUGAGACUGACCAAGAAUUUGAGAAGUGUCGACCUGGUUUUGAGACUUAUCUGGUUGAGAAGUUGGCUCAUACUGCAAACGUUCUUGGAUCAAACAAGUUUGUCCUCGGUGAUCGAGUUACUUACGUUGACUUUUUGCUCUACACGACACUCGAUUACAUCAGACUGUUUAAACCUUCCUCAAUCGAUCCACAUGCAAACCUGAAAAGCUAUCUGGACCGAAUUGAAGCCUUGCCUGAAAUCAAUAAAUAUUAUAAAAGCGAAGGUUUCAGUAGAUUCCCGAUUACAUAUGAAAUUGCCAAAUGGGGAAAUUUGGAAAAAAACGCACCAUUUUGAGCAAACUUCUUUAAGAUGACACUCUUAUAAGCGAACCGCAAACAUGCUUUGAGCAAAUUACAGUGAUUACCAAAGAGUAGAAGAAAAGGAUUCACUCAAUGGGACCUUCAGGUCUUUGGGUCUUAACUUUAUCCUGCUUAAACAGGUGACAUUAAACUCAAUACAAUCUGGUUUGCUUUUGAUAACUGUUAAAUAUUUCCGAUAAUUGUCUCAAUUGUAUCAAAUCAUUUUUUCAAGUCAGAGCCAACUGUGUAAGCAGAAAAGUAAAAAACCAAGAGAUCUUUUGGGUUUGUAUUAGGUGAGCUCUCUUGUUGUACUCUUUGAAAUUGUAUUUGAAAAACUAUUAUAAACUAAAGAAUUUAAAAUGAAUAAACUGAUUUAGAAAUGUUUAA